AUGCAGUUGCAAUUCUGUGAAGGCGAUUCACAUACACUCUCUUGCGCUCAUUUUUCCAAGAACAUCAGUAUCCUUUCUGCAAACUACGGUCGUUUGACUGGAGCUCAAGUCUGUGGCUGGGGACCAAUAAAGUCCACUCACUGCAAAGCUGAUGGAGCACUUGCCAAAGUUCAAGCUCACUGUCAGGGACGUUCACAUUGCACAUUGCGGGCAACCAACAGCGAGUUUGGCGAUCCCUGCGAUGAAACUUACAAAUAUCUAGAGGUAACUAUUUUUCUUAGGCAAACCUUUUCUCAGCUUGGUUUCAAAGGGAUCUCUUUUCUUCAAUUUCUCAUUGUCGCCAGGAUUCGUAGCUUUGGCAAGUUCAUCGAUCUUGAAAAAGAAGUCGUAGCCUGAGUAGCUAGAGUGGAAGAGAGGAGCGAAAAGGGGAAAAGGGGAGAAGAGAGACUGAGAAACUACUGACACAAAAACGACGGGCGAAGGGUCUAUCCUCCCCCAGCAUUUACCUUAAUUUGUAUUUGUAGUGUCCACCCCUUUUUUUCUUGGCUUUCCCGGCCACUUCAGCCCUUUUUCUACUGUGAAUUAUUAUUAAAGCGAUGUAGCCUAUUGUCAUCCAAUCCCGUCCUCCCCCACAUCAGGGUGGAAAAGAAAAUUCAAAAAUGGAAAUAAGAUGGGUAAAUAUCUACAUCGGACAACUGAUUUCUAUAGAUGUACAUGUUACUGGUUAUUGAAUAUGCUCUGAUCCUUAACUCGAUUUUGAUCCCUUUUGGACUGUUGGAAUGGGUACAGUUAAUAGCUUGAUAACAGCAAGCCUUGAUUUCUUUUUGUUGAUAAUAUAUACUAACUCAUGUUCGCUGAAUUCAACAGAUUCGCUACAUAUGUGAGUGAGAACGCCAAGACUCUGGUUCAGUUAAAAACGGUGGCGUGAGCCGUUAGUAGUGAUCGAAAAAGACAACCUUCAUUAAUAGCUGUGCAAAGAAAGUGCCACUUGACAAUUUAGACGAUUUAGCUUAUGUAGUUUGCUUGGAAAGAAAAUCAUUAAACUUCUUUUUGAACGAGAAUGUUGUACAUCGAUAUUUUUUCUACCCCUUUUUUUUCUACUGUUAUAGCGUGGCGUCUUUUUUUUUAGAACCUCAUUUGGUUCGCGCUUUCCUUCGCUUCCCUUCGUUGAACAGGCUAUGAUGUUUUGCUUCCUUGCGUGUCCCGCUUGGUCAAAAAAGAAAGGAAAAUAGAGAACAAUCUUGCCAGCUUAUAGGAGAUAGAUAACUUUAAACUUAUCCUGGUCAAAUAUUAGCACCUUUUGCUGCAAAAAAUGACUAGCUUUGCUCACUGAAUAAAAAAGCCGUUCCAUUUAAAGAAAAACGUUUAGAACGGGAUGGCGAGAGACGAACCAAGCUUAGAGUUAAGCUCAUGAAAAGUUCGACCUCUGGCUCGGUUGAUUUCGUCUGCAUCAUUCAGACGAACUCAACUCGGAGAGUUUGGAUCCUCCAACACUUCUAAGAUAAUACAUAUUUAGCCUGGUUCGGGAGAAAAUUAAUUAAAAUUGUUUUUUGGUCUGCUUCAGUUGGUUUGUUCGACGCGUCGUCCUAAGUUCGACGUCUGACCCAACAGACGAUCUUAACUUAAUUUAGGUCGACUCAAAUUAGAGUUUGGUUCGUCUCAUGAACAGUUCCACGUUUGGUCUAGGCCUUAGAGUCGACAAAUUUGGCUACGUUUACAUGCCCUAGAUAAGAUUCAGGAGAUUUUACCUGAUUCAUUAAUGUUUUCGGUUUUACACAAAAUACGAAUCCGAGAAAAUCCAUAUCUACUAAAGAUUCCUCACUCGCAUUACCAGGCAUUCCGCUGAUGAGAUCAGAGGCACCUUGUUGCGGUGGUGGACUAUCUUGUAUUUGUCUGCUUACUAUUCACUUCAUAGUUUAAUUUUAACAACACCCAAAUCCAACAUUUUUCAAGUUUUCAAAAUUUUAAAUAACACCCAUUAAUUUUUAUACAUCAAACUCGAAAAUCAUCUAAAAACUAUUAAUUCAAGAACUGAAAACUAAUUGGCAAUGAAUCAUUUUUCGAUUGAAUGAAAUAUUGGCUGAUAUUUAAGAAAAAAGGGGAGAAAUGUGCGAAAAGCAAUGCUUUAAACCAGUCCUCAAAGGAUUCUUACUAGAAGUUGUCUGUCGUGUUAUCGUGACUACACUCUAGGCACUCUUGUCCUCGCUGAACUUAUAAUUUCUCGUCCCAUCUGUGAAAACGCUUGUCACCUAACGCUCUCCCCAAGGUUGAUUCACAUAUUACCUAUUUACAAAGGUAGCUCAAAAGCUCUUCUCGCUUACUAACGAGAAGAAAAGCUUAUUCAGUGGAAAAAUAAGAAAAAGGGAAGCUUAAAAAAAGUAGAGCUGCGAUUAUGGCUCGCACUGAUGUUUAGUACUUCUGGUUAAACACAGAUUUAGAACGCCGGGUUAGUUUUCUUAACUACAAACUCCAAAGAGAAGCUAAGAGACAAAAUAGUGCAGCGAUUAUGGUUUGUACUGAUGUAUAGCGAUUACGGUUAAGCACUGAUUUCAGAUUUAGAAUGGUUAGCUCCGUUAAUAAGGAAGAGCCGCCUUCUUUAGUCCAACAAGGCUUUUGAGAGGUGAUCAAAGAACUGGUUAAUACUGUAGAUGCUAUUAUUUAACGUAGCAGAUGAAAAUUUUCAUGAUCGCUUAGCCAAUGCUUUUUACUUAACUUAUACCAAGUAGUUGCCUUCAGAAUAUAUGGACUAGUCUUUCGCCCCCCAGUAUUUUAUCUUUUAAGCCUUAAUAUUUAGUUUAAUAAUCGUGUGGCUUUUACGAGGAAAUCUACUUUCAGUUUGUAAACAAAUUGUGCUUUUUGCUUCGAAGAAUAAACAUUCGCUCUUUUUUCAGGAACGCUUAUGCGUACAUGUUUACUUGUAGCCACGGCUUGGCUUAUGCUAAAUACACCUUUUCAAAUAUAGGAAGCUCCAACUUACAAUUCUAGUGCGAUUAAAAAAACAUUGCAUCUGCGAAGAUUUUUCCCGUAAUCACAAAGUACAAUUACACGCUGUGAAGGUGUUCUCUAUCGUUUAAGAAUAAAAGCCCAAUUAAAUUCGUACUUUUAUAUGAUAUGGAAUCCGUUAGGAACAAUUUAAAAAAGAUACACUGCUAUUGAUCAAUACAUGUCAAUUCACUAACGCAUUUGCAAAAAAAGAAAAGUUCAGCACACUCGCAUGUGAAUAGUUAGCGAUCGAUAGCCAGCACGAACUGAGAAAGGUUUCGCCGCCAGUGUUUCUGUUCCACGUGAAUUCGACCUAAGGCGCCUAUACCCGUCCCAGUGGCCUACCAAUAGGAUCAAGAAUAAUUUUUCAAUGGCUUUAUGUCAGCACUGAUAUGUCUUGAAUUUUAUUGUUGAUCAUAAGUGUUUCAAAUUGUAGCUUAGGUGGUAACUGUACCUUUUUUAACUUAAAUCUUAUUUUUAAGCGUAUUUAUGCCUCUAUUUUUUUUCAUUCAUUUUUAUAUUUUAAUACAUUUUAAAUUUUAUAUGUAAUACACAAUUCAGCCAUAUACGGCUGGGACGUAUUUUAAUAAAGUGUCUAUCUAUCAAGUUCAAGUUCUUUCAGUUCUCACACGACAUUGUCUAGCUUGAGUUGUUUGCUUUUCUGCUUGCUUAUUGAACACUGUGAGUGUUUAAUCUCACGCAAUGAUCCGCUCAUUUUACUUCAAACGCCAGUAAUUAUUGUAUUUACCUUGAAUUAAAUAAUUAUGUUUGAACUUCUGCGCGCAUGAACAGUGCUUGAUCGCACACGAUGGGCUUACUUUAACCCUCGGACGUACACCCAAACUCGCACCUCCACCGCAGUACCAAUAGGGGGCUGGCUGGAACCCCCCACCUCUACCGUCUUUCUCUUAUUCUAUUUUAUAUGCGUUUACUUUUUUUGAAAAGAUUCACCUUUAAUAGAUAUAGGCUGUCAUAUCGUUUACAAGAAUAUGUUAAUAUUACGGGAUACAUACGCACGUAAUUAGCGCUGUUGGGGGCCAGUAACGUCAUUUAGAUUUUAAGCUUGGCUACGAAAGACUGCUUCCAAAUACUAAGAUGAAAAGAAAAAAAAGGAAAAUAAAAUAAAAUAAAACCUAAAAUUGUGGUUAAAUAAUGUUCCAAACAGGCCGUCCAUCGAACGACGCUAUAUCUGUUAUAUGUGGUUUUCACUCAUUCCGUGCGAAAGCGUUUUUAAAACUAACGGUUUAAGAAAUUCCUUUUUUUCAAACAGUAGGCAAUAAGAAGUGUUUAUAUAGAGCAACCGCCUUCUUCUCCAGUUUAACAAGGCUUUUAAUUUCAGAAAAAUUGGGAGUCUUUUUUUAAUUUUAUAGAUGAAAAACUACACGGUAGCUAAUCUGGGUAUACCUUAAUUCGAAUCAAGCUGUUGGCUAAUAAAAGUUACAUAACUAUGAACGAUUUUACUUUUUCAACUAUGAUCAAACCAUCGUUUGGUUUGGGUCUUAUUACCUUUCUCCCUAGUUUUAGGAGGCGUACGUGGGUACCUCAGGUAAUUAACUACGGCCCUGCUUACAAAAUGCACAUACAACUGUUAAUUAAAGUUCAUCUCAGUUAUUCCGAAGCGAUAAAGAAAGUUUGGUCCCACGAAGAUUUCCCUCAAAUAUAAUCACAAGGUACAAUUAAACGUUAAAGUAUUCUCUACCGCUUAAUAACAAGAGUCCGAGGAAUUUCGCACCAUUGUAUGUUACUUUCCAGUUUAUAAAAACGGUACGAAGCAAAUAACAACUAAAACUUGAACUGCUUCUGAAUACGUGAUAAUGCGCUAAGAUUGGCAAAAAUAAAAACAGUUCUCACAUAACUUUGUCUAGCUUGAGUUGUUUGCCUUUCUGCCUGCUUGAACAGACGAGUCGCGGAUGAUCCUGUCAUUUCACUGCAAGCACCAGUAACCAUUUUGUUUUAUUUUCUGCUCUUUUUCCCAUUUAACAAACUUCCAGUGUGAGAGAUAUUUAAACAGCAGUGCCCAUCCUGAAGUACUAGGAAUCAGAUACGACGUGCGCACGUGCGUACAGCUUGCCACGCCCUUGAUCACGAAAUCUUUAUAAGACAUGUGACUCAUAGAUAAGACACCAUUCUGUUCGUGGACGGAAUUCCAUCAACACUAUUUCAGUGAGUUGCCUCAUUCCAACCAGGUAACUGCUUUUUUAAUACUAAAAGCUAAACUCACCCUUUUGAUAUAGCAAAGGCAGGCACAUUACCAAGUCCUUAAUAAUUUUGUGGUACCCUCUUUUAGUUAAUAAUGACAUUUUGCGUUUCUUUUAUCUAGACCUGAUCUUCGAGAUUUAAUCAUGAGGACCGCUUUCGUUUUCCUGACACUUCUCAUGCUAGUCGUAGCAUCAGUAACGGCCAGAGGUAGGUUAUACCUAAUUUAGCUACGGAUAGCAAGGAUGGACAUGGAUUGAAGAUAUAUCAUUGAAUCUCAGUGAUAAAGUUGGGCUAAUGCCUGCAAAAAUCACUGAAAACAUUAUUACGAUUGGUACUUUCUUAUGAAAUUUGUGUGGUGUCUUCAUUAUAAAUGCACAGUAAGAGAGCAUUUUGUGCAUAGUAACGAAUCAAAGCUAUGACUUUAUUUAGAACAGAAUUGACCGCAAUAUCCUCGUGGCAUAGCCCCUUUGAGUAUAUUACCAUGACGAUAACAAAGGUAGAGGAAAUUUUUCAAGGAAGGAACACUUGAUCUACGAAUAUUUUCUAGCCGCUGUAUGUUUUUGGAAUUGAGAAUCUCAUUUAAUUCACACUUUACAAGUUUCUAUAGCCUCUCCGAAAACAGAAGCAAUGAAUACUGAAAAAAUUCAACAAAGAAAGGUACAGUUUUCCAAGGGAAGUUUCCAAUCACAUUUCAACCCAAAUUUCAGACGCGAAGAGUGCCCAGAGAUUUGUAACAAGCCUUAAAGUUUACCGGUUAGAAAUGGAUUGGAAGAAAAGAAUGGGUCUGAAUAGUGAAAUUUCCGGAUUAAUCAUUUGAUUGCUUCUUUUUACUCCAAGUUAAUAAAAAUUUACACAGACUCUCUCCUAUUUUCAAGUUUAAAGUGACAGCUUUUUUUUUCGCUUUCUUUGCUACAGGGCCGUCUUCGUGCAAGGAGCUUUAUGAUCAAGGGUAAGUUGUAAGAGCUGAUUUGGUCUAACAUGUCUAAAACAAGAAACGGUUACAGGCAAAUGGCAUGCAGCUUCUUCGUUUUUAUGUUUUUCACUUAAACCUUUUUGAAAUAUCGAUGAGAAAGAAACAAGUGUUUUAAACGGCUGAGUUACAUUCAAAACACCAUCACCUCGUUGCCAAUGGAAAAGGAUGACAUCUUGGAUCAGGUAUAUAGGACGAAAUGACGACUUUAAUUACAAUGAAAGGUCGUACAUGAUCGAAUUGGAUUUGGUUUUACUACUUUUUAAGGCAAAGCUCACACCCUAACCAACACCAAAGUAAGGGUGGAUUUCCAUUGUCGCGUAAAAGUUCAGCAUUUUCAACUUUUAAGUUAACGCUGGACCUUCCAUACAUUGUUUCUUUUUAUUUUCGCGCGUAAAAUGUAUUACGUGCGCAUGCACGUGAAAAUUUAGCAACAGUGAAAAUUCACCUUAAGGCCGACUCUUGAAACCUACUAACAACUAGUUUAAAUUAACAACGAGGCAUUUCAAUUACAGCUCAAAGCAAUUACAUAAAAAACGGCCCCUACUCGAGUACUGUCAUGAUCAUUUCGGGUAUUCAGUAAUUGAAUACGUCUCGGCUGUAUUCUCGAAUCUGCCAAAGUGAGUCUGUCUGAUUGGAGGGAAUUCAAGAGCGCGCCCUUAGGAUAAUUCUUCCGAAUUCACAUUAUGACGAGGCAUUGAUACUAAGUGGCCUGCCGUCUCUAAAAGACCGUAGGGCUGCUGCUUGCGAAUCAUUUAUGCGUAAUUUAAAAACAUCCAACCUUGUGUUUGGCCUUGCCAUGAGUGGAAGGGUAACUACCGUUCACUCGUACUCGUUACGAAGCUGCCGGAACUAUAAUAACAAAAUGUGUAAGACAAAAGAUUGUCAGAAUUUGAAUCUGUGAAAUAUUUAGAUUUUUUGUCAUAAGAUAAAUGUUAAUUAUGUGUAAUUUGCGCACGAUCCUGUUAUCCAGCUCUUACUCAACUCUACUCUACCCUACCCUACCCUACCCUACUCUACUCUAUUCUUUUGAAAGUAGUUGACAAAGCUAAUUAUAUAACAUGGAGCGUGCCGUGUCAAUGUUUAACACUCCUACGUCUUCAAUUUUCAGAGAACGUAAAAGUGGCGCGUAUGACCUAGGGAUUAGUCCCGGACCAGUUUACUGUCACAUGGGAGAUGGAAACUUUGGAUGCGGAGAAGGAGGAUGGACUACUGUCAUGAAAAUCGAUGGUGCACAGGUACUCUUUUUUAAAGUUGUACUUUUUCAUUGCGGGCGACAAGGAGAAUCCGCAAUCCUAAUAUCUAGGUUAUUAAUACGCAUGCGUCGCAUGUAUCAAGCCAGCAUCCGUUUGGACUUUCACUAAGAAUGAAUGGAAUCCAAUUUGAUCCCGCGUGUUUAGACCUUCCACUCACUCGUAAUCUGAUCCCGCGUGUUUAGACCUUCCACUCACUCGUAAUCUGAUCCCGUUUAGACCUUCCACUCACUCGUAAUCUGAUCACGCGUGUUUAGACCUUCCACUCACUCGUAAUCUGAUCACGCGUGUUUUGACCUUCCACUCACUCGUAAUCUGAUCACGCGUGUUUUGACCAUGUGUCACGCGAAACUUAUGCAAAGCACAGCCCUAGAGCGAAAGCGUUUUGACCUUCGAUCGUUGUCGCCCGCACGCCGUAACCUUUGGUUAUUACUAUAUAUUACGCUUGCGUCGCAUGUAGUUAGCCAGCAUUCGUUUGGAAUUCCACUAAGAAUGUAUACAAUUUGAUCACGCUCGUUUGGAACUUUCAUCACUCUUAAUCUGAUCACGCGUGUUUUUGAAUAUCGGUCAUAUGAAACUUACGCAAAGCACAGCGCUGGAGCAAAAGCGUUUUGACCUUCGAUUGUUGUCGCCCGUACUCCGUAACCUUUGGCUAACACUAGUUGCUAGAGCCGGAGAAUCUAUAUUAAUUACAGAAAAGCAAUUUUUUACCCUUUAAUUUCAGCCAACCUUCCACUACGAUUCACAUCAUUGGAGCACCUAUGGAUCCAAAUACCCACAAAAUGGGACGACAGGAUUCGACGACAAGGAAACCAAGUUGGAAACCUACGAUAAAACGAGUUUCACUAAGAUCUGUCUCGGCAUGAAGGUAGAGAGCCAGACCAGAUUUAUCGUCAUCAAUAAGAAAGCCAAGUCGCUGUACGAAUUGAUUUCUAAAGAGACAUACGAACCAACCACCCUGGGACGUGACGAAUGGAAGAAGCUGGUUGGACCUCAAGCUUCUCUGCAGAACAACUGUGAAAGAGAAGGAUUCAACGCCAAAGGAGACAGGCGUUUUUUUUACCUUUCUAGAGCAAGAAUUGGGAUUAUUGGAAACCAGGAAGACAACUGCGACAGCCCUGACUCCAGAAUCGGCUUUGGUACUGGAGGACAAGAAAAACAGAGCACUCCGCGUCACAAAGAAAACACGUGUGGAAAUGAGGCUCAUUGGUCGUCAGAUAACCGAGAUCAGUCCAUCAAGGCCAUGGGGUACAUCUUAGUUCAAUGAAGGCUGAGAUUUGCACAAGUUGACAGAAGCAGUCGGAUCUUAAAAAAUUAGAACAGUUGAUUAUUGUAAUUAGUGGUCUUAAGAAAAUUGAAAUAUAAGGGAUGUGUUAAACUAAAGGUAAAAUAAACGCUUGCAUGCACUGUCGAUCAAAAAUGUUUUGUUUCUUUGAUCUUCUUGUUUGGUCGGGACAAACUUGUAAGAAGAACCCGAAACAAACAGCAGAGACUUUUGCUGUUGCUUUCAUUUGUUACCCUCUAGGAUUUUAUCCGCGCGCUUAACGCUACCACACGAAAGUGCUGCUAAGUAGCUUUCAUUUGAAUGGAUCACACUUUAGGAUUUCAUCCAAAGAUUCAAAAGUUAGAACCACCUUGUACAGCGUAAUAAACAGCACCACAUGAAAGUGCUGCUAAGUAGCUUUCAUUUGAAUGGUCACACUUUAGGAUUUCAUCCAAAGAUUCAAAAGUUAGAACCACCUUGUACAGCAUAAUGAAAAAAGCCACAUGAAAGUACUGCUCCGGCAGUAGCUUUCAUUUGAAUGGUCACACUCUAGUAUUUCAUCAACACACUUUAAGCUAGAACCAAGUUGUACAGCAAAAAGUUUUGCUCAGUAGCAGUUUCAUUGGAAUGUGCACAAUUUAGGAUUUCAUCCACUGUCAAAAUAGCGUAUCAUCCGAUCAAUUCCGUUGUAUACGGGAAAAAGCUUAGCCUGCGUAGCAAGCGUUUCCUCGCGAGGUUCGUCUAGAAAGCUGGGACGAGAGCAAAAAAAAAUGAAUGACGGAGAAGGGGGAGGGGAAAGAAGGAACCGCUUGCCCGCAAACUCCACGAUUUUGAAAAACUGCGUUCGCACACGAACGCAGCUUCUGAUUGGCGCGGUGCAGGUGGUGUUGAUUACUUAGCAUUCGAAACAUCAAUCAAUCCAGGUAUGCUUUGUUUUCGUGCGUCACAGAUCUGGUCUCAUCUGAUUUGUGGUCGCAGAUUACAAAUGCUUUGGACUGAUAUUUAUUGGAAUCGUGUUUGUGCGAAGGUUUAUGAGAUCAGAGUCUUCAAAGUAUAAUUGGAGAUCGAGCAGUGGAGACUAGGGAAGGCCAAUUUAUUGAGAAUCACGGCGUGCGGAUCUGACUGGAAAAAAUGGACUGUUUGUUGGAGAUAACAUCAACAUAAAUCAGAACAUCGGUACUCGACACUAGCUGAAGCCGCCAUGGACAAGCGAUUUGUCAGCUUUUUGACAUGAAAAGAUUCUUUUUGUUUAUUGGAAAUUUAGCGGCAUCUAUUUUAGAGAACGUUUCGACACAGGCUGAAGAGCAGCCGCUCUGCAAAACUUAUACCCUACGGAGUGAAUUGUUCUUGACGUGUCGAAAGGUUUCAGACGAGAUAAAGCCACACAAUAAAAAACAAGAAAUUCCGCAUCAAUCGCUCAUGGUUUUAACUUUCUUUUAUCGUAAAUCUCUUUUAUUACAGUUCUUGCAAUCGCCUGCAACGUGUCCUAUUAGAGAACAAAGUAAUUUUACAAAUCUGGUAAUCCAGGGGUAAUCUGUUCGUUAUGUUUCUAUUUUGACGAGCUGUCAAUUUACAAAUGAACCGAACCGUGAAAUAUCAAGGGGCGUUUUUCAGAAUCGUGGGGUUUGCGGGCAAGCGUUUCCUCUUCUCCCGUCCCCCUCCCCCUUCAACCUUUUUUUUUUUGCUUCCGCUCUAACUUUCGCGCAAUAACUCGAUGGGAAACGCUUGCUACGCAGGCUAGAAAAAGCUUGCCUGAGAUGUACAAACAACCCAAAACGUUUCCUAUAUAUCAUCAAAGUCGAACGGUCUUGGUUUACUGACAUUCAUUUUUCAUUUCUUUCAUGUCAUAUUUUUAAAGCAAAAAUAUUUCCCAAUUGGACUAGGAUUUUUACAAGGCUCCGCCUUGUAUCUUAGGGGAAAUGUGUCAAAAUGCAAUUGAUUCGCCAAAAUGUCACGAUCCAAAUUCGCCCAUUAUUGGGCAAGGGUAAAUAAAAUAACCAGUAAAAAGAAAGUUUUUUUUGUUUUCAAAAUUUUAAAAAUGUCACGUCACUGAAUCACCUCAUCUUAAAUUGUUCAAGUUUGUCGAAUGUAAUUCGUGCUAAUCUCCUGCAUCCAAAACCAUUUAAAUCCUUUGCAGUAAGUUAUUUCGUCUUUCGCGUUUUUCUUCUUUAACUCUUUCAGCCCUGCUGUCUACUUUAUAAAACGGUAGUCACGGGAAUGAAGGCUGAAAAGAUCAAACAGUACUUCUACAAAAAAUGCACAGGGGAAAUAAGAUUUUAUUUUUGUCAUCAGUGUUAAAAGGGUUAUUACAUUUUUGGACUCCCUUCGACUUCCAUGAUUAUUUUGCGCGUUGCCAAAAAAAGUAUCUUUUGUGACAGUGCUUCUUCAGACAGCGUUCGAGUGACCACUUUGAAUGCUAUUAGGACUUAUAUUAUAAGAAUUUUUUCAAAAAAGGAUUGAAUUCUUUAUUUUGAAUAGAGGGCUAAGAUUGCCUCUAGUUACGGGGAGACAAUAUCUCAGGAAAAGAGUCACAAACACGCCAAUGUUUAAUUUAGUUUAAAACCAAUGGACCUUUAAAAUUUGCGAUUCUUUCGGCCGUAAAUCGAAAAGAUCCCGCCGGUUAAAAAAUUUGCCUGUACUCGUGUGUCGUUGCUAAGGCAUUUGCUCAGCAUACUGGCACCGCUUGAACAGCGAGCAAAACAGUAACAAACGACCGCUUCAGCAUGAAAACUUGCAACCUUCUAUUUAGCUUCCUGUUAUUCUUACGACUGGAUGUCAGAAGGUUUGUUUUUCUCUUCAGUCCUAAAUCAUGGAACCAGCCCCGUAUAAGGGAAGCCGGAUUCCGAAAUCCGUUAAAUGUUUGCUUGUAAAAUCUGUAAUCCUGGACUAUGGAAUCCGGAAUACAGCUUAAGGGAUCUGGAAUCUCACUAAUGAUUGGAGUCGGGAAUCAAGUUCGACUGGCAGAGAAUUUCCGGUAUUGAGUACCCGGAAUCCAAAAUCCAAGACUGUCUUGGAUUCCCUUACAUCGGGCGAACGGAACGGGUCUGAUAACACAAUAUCGAUUGGUACCUUUUAGCUGGAACCUAAUGAAUGUGGUCGUAAUAUUGUGCUGUGUGACAGGUACUUCACUGUAUAUCUAAGAAAGCCGCAAACUACUCCUUUACAACUCUGGUGACUCAGGAGGGAAUUUCUCAGAAACAAUUAAAUUGUCUAUAUCCACAGAGUAACAGAGCCUUCUAGAUGGAUUAGUUUUCUGCGUUACGCUUUAGCAUUUCACUCGUAAAAAAAAAACAGCCUCAAUUGACGUUCUGGCCAGAGUGACUUUUUUCUUUCAGCAAACCAUCAGCGACUAAGGAAAACUUAACUGAUGAAUUAACAGGAGCACGUUCACGGAUGAAUUGGAUUGAGUUUAAUUCGUUUGAAUUAGCUCAGUUAAGUGAAUUUGGACUCUAUAGCACUUCUCUGUAGAGAGAUACUUUGUGGAAAAAGGUUGAAACGGAAACGUUUCAGCCGUCUCCGUGAUCAAGUCUCUGUUUCCCCUAGUUAAUUUUCAUUCGUUCUUCAGCGACAAGGGAAAGUCAUGCAUGUACUGAAAUAACAGCACGUCUAUAUGGCAAAAAUCUACAAUUUGCUUUCAUAUUAUAUCCGUUCAGCCACAUGAUAAAUUUCCGAAGUUUUCUUUGUAGUCUCAUUCGGUGUAUCACGACUUAGUAGUUGCGGCAGGGAGCUUCCAAGCUUCUAAGGCAAAACAUUUUAAGCCUACACUGCAAAGAGCUUUGGCAAACAGGCACGCAAGCAGUGAGUCUUGUUGAAUCUGUAGUUACGUCUUGUAAUACUUCUUUGCUUAUUUUUCAUAACAUGACUACGUCGUUAGAAAAGGUAUCGGUGCGCCAUGUAUAUAAGCUUAUAUAUAUAUUCACAUUUUCAUGUCCAAAACAAUUUCAACAGGCAUCCCAAUACAGUGUGGGCUCCAAACCUCCAGCCUGGAGCCUGAAAAGCCAACACACAGAGUUUAGCGCGCUGAAACAGAAGAAAACCAGAUGGCCCUAAAAACUCUGAAACCGAAUUUAGUACAUUAUAACUAACUACAAUAAAUCGGCAGAGGCCAUGGUGGAGGCCUGCAACUAAGUGCUCAACGGUCCACUCUUUGAUAGAUUGUGCUAACAUAAUUUUGGGCAUAAUUCGUCAUUUAAUACGAGCAAUAAUUUUCAUCUUUUUUCCGAAAAAACUGUACUGCUGGCACUUUUGGCCAGAAUUGUCAUAUACUGGUCAUGCAACCAAUUUUUUUGGCCCAAGAUCAGUGUUACAGAGAAAAAAUUAAUUGUUUGUCUGCCUGUUGUCACAUUCGUGGAGCUUACAUGUAGGUCCUACAGGAAGUGACCCAGGAUUAGGCCCAGGACCCUUUCCAACUCAACACAUGCGCAUAACUAGCUCGGUUACCCAAGAUGGGGACUGCGUGCUGGUCAGUUUUUAUUUAAUAGUAGUCAGACAAUUAAUUAUGUACUUUCUAGAAGUAAAUAAUGUUAAUGUACUCACGAUUUACUAGUUUUUUUUUUUUCCAUUGUUAUUGAGGGUUUUGAGUGAAAAGAAGAGUAUUCGUUACGAUUUUUAUCACUUAUUUUAUUCAUUUUUAUCUCUUAUUUUAUUAUUUUGCCACACAGAAUAAAUUACGGGGUGUCCCAAAAGUUCGUUCCUCUACUUUAUAAGUCUGUAUUUCAGAACGAUUGGACUUGGUAAGCAAAUCAUUUCAACAAAAGUUGUGUCUUUCAAUCUAAUUCACUAUUUUCAUACUUGUUGUGCCAUCUUUUGACUCGAAUAUUCGAUAUGUGUACUUCCGCGCCAAAGGUGCGCGUGCGCGAGUAUAUUUUCCAAUCACACAUUUUUUGUAUUUCAUAGCCCGAAUCGCUCGAACUCCUUUCUUGUUUUUUUGUGAAUAUCACGAAAGAUAAACCCCCUUAGCGCAAAAACGUUACGCUGCGUGAGAGCAUAAGCCUGUAUACUUCAAUUUACUGGCUCAUCGGUUGUAGAAAUUGCUAAAAACUGGAAAAAUCCAAAUGUUGGGUGGUAGAAUGAUCAUGGAGAAAUGAAGGUUUUGAAGGCAAGAAACUAAGGGGAAGAUCAAAAGCCCUGAAUAAAGCAGCUAAAAUAGUUUUAAUGAAGGCUAAAUAAAAAAUCAUGAGGAGACUCGACAAGGAAGCUCUGUCUCUCACAUAGUUAGCAAGCCAAAUAAAAGGGUCAUGAAAAGCUGUUUGAAAUGUUGAAAAUUAGAGGCCCCUGAGAUGGCAAAAAACCCUCUGCUUAGUCUGCCAAUUAACGCCCAGCUUGAGUCAAAUAUGUAAAGAAUUACAAAAGCCUUGCUGUGGAAGGGGGCCGGGAUGAUUAUCUUUUUUGGAUGAAUGCCCGAUCCGGCAUAGGGUGAACCAAGCCUCGUUUGUCUAGUAUAUCAGCGGUUAUUUGAUAAAUGGCAAUAUUUCGUUCUCCCUCGUCUAAAAACUGUUUAUUGUACAUAUUUCAGGUGCAACUUGUCAGAGAGAGAUGCAGUUGCAAUUCUGUGAAGGCGAUUCACAUACACUCUCUUGCGCUCAUUUUUCCAAGAACAUCAGUAUCCUUUCUGCAAACUACGAUCGUUUGACUGGAGCUCAAGUCUGUGGCUGGGGACCAAUAAAGUCCACUCACUGCAAAGCUGAUGGAGCACUUGCCAAAGUUCAAGCUCACUGUCAGGGACGUUCACAUUGCACAUUGCGGGCAACCAACAGCGAGUUUGGUGAUCCCUGCGAUGAAACUUACAAAUAUCUAGAGGUAACUAUUUUUCUUAGCCAAACCUUUUCUCAGCUUGGUUUCAAAGGGAUCUCUUUUCUUCAGUUUCUCAUUGUCGCCAGGAUUGGUAGCUUUGGCAAGUUCAUCGAUCUUGAAAAAGAAGUCGUAGCCUGAGUAGCUUGUGUGGAAGAGAGGAGCGAAAAGGGGAAAAGCUAGGGGAGAAGGGAGACUGAGAAACUACUGACACAAAAACGACGGGGGAAGGGUUUAUCUUCCCCCCGCAUUUACCUUAAUUUGUAGUUGUAGUGUCCACCCCUUUUUUUCUUGGCUUUCCCGGCCACUUCAGCCCUUUUUCUGUUGUGAAUUAUUAUUAAAGCGAUGUAGCCUAAUGUCAUCCAAUCCCGUCCUCCCCCACAUCAGGGUGGAAAAGAAAAUUCAAAAAUGGAAAUAAGAUGGGUAAAUAUCUACAUCGGACAACUGAUUUCUAUGGAUGUACAUGUUACUGGUUAUUGAAUAUGCUAUCCUUAACUCGAUUUUGAUCCCUUUUGGACUGUUGGAAUGGGUAGAGUUAAUAGCUUGAUGGUAGCAAGCCUUGAUUUCUUUUUGUUGAUAAUAUAUACUAACUCAUGUCCGCUGAAUUCAACAGAUUCGCUACAUAUGUGAGUGAGAACGCCAAGACUCUGGUUCAGUUAAAAACGGUGGCGUGAGCCGUUAGUAGUGAUCGAAAAAGACAACCUUCAUUAACAGCUGUGCAAAGAAAGUGCCACUUGACAAUUUAGACGAUUUAGCUUAUGUAGUUUGCUUGGAAAGAAAAUCAUUAAACUUCUUUUUGAACGAGAAUGUUGUACAUCGAUAUUUUUUCUACCCCCUUUUUUUACUGUUAUAGCGUGGCGUCCGUUUCAUGAACAGUUCCACGUUUGGUCUAGGCCUUAGAGUCAACAAAUAUGGCUACGUUUACACGACACUAGAUAAGAUUCAGGAUAUUUUACCUGUUUCAUUAAUGUUUUCGGUUUUACACAAAAUACGAAUCCGAGAAAAUCCAUAUCUACUAAAGAUUCCUCACUCACAUUACCAGGCAUUCCGCUGAUGAGAUCAGAGGCACCUUGUUGUGGUGGUGGACUAUCUUGUAUUUGUCUGCUUACUAUUCACUUCAUAGUUUAAUUUUAACAACACCCAAAUGCAAAAUUUUUCAACACCCAUUAGUUUUUAUACAUCAAACUCGAAAAUCAUCUAAAAACUAUUAAUCCAAGAACUGAAAACUAAUUGGCAAUGAAUCAUUUUUCGAUUGAAUGAAAUAUUGGCUGAUAUUUAACAAAAAAGGGGGGAAAUGUGCGAAAAGCAAUGCUUUAAACCAGUCCUUAAAGGAUUCUUACUAGAAGUGGUCUGUCGUGUUAUCGUGACUACACUCUAUACACUCUUGUCCUCGCUGAACUUACAAUUUCUCGUCCCAUCUGUGAAAACGCUUGUCUCCUAACGCUCUCCCCAAGGUUGAUUCUCAUAUUACUCAUUUACAAAGGUAGCUCCAAAGCUCUUCUCGCUUACUAACGAGAAGAAAAGCUUAUUUAGCGGAAAAAAUAAGAACAAGGGAAGCUUAAAAAAAAAUAGAGCUGCGAUUAUGGCUCGCACUGAUGUUUAGUACUUCUGGUUAAACACAGAUUUAGAACGCUGGGUUAGCUUUCAUUACUACAAACUCCAAAGAGAAGCUAAGAGAGAAAAUAGUGUAGCGAUUAUGGUUUGUACUGAUGUAUAGCGAUUACGGUUAAGCACUGAUUUCAGAUUUAGAAUGUUUAUCUCCGUUAAUAAAGAAGAGCCGCCUCCUUUAGUCCAACAAGGCUUUUGAGAGGUGAUCAAAGAACUGGUUAAUACUGUAGAUACUAUUAUUUAAUGUAGCAGUUGAAAAUUUUCAUGAUCUCUUACCCAGUUUUAUUUACUUAACUUAUACCAAGAAGCUGGCUUAAGAAAAUAGGGACUAGUCUUUCGCCCCCUAGUAUUUUAUCUUUAAAGCCUUAAUCUUUAGUUUAAUAAUCGUGUGGCUUUUACGAGGAAAUCUACGUUCAGUUUGUAAACAAAUUGUGCCUUUUGCUUCAAACAAUAAACAUUUGCUUUUAUUCAUGUUUACUUGUAGCCACGGCUUGGCUUAUGCUAAAUACACCUUUUCAAAUAUAGGAAGCUCCAACUUACAAUUCUAGUCCGAUAAAAAAAAAAAAAAAGAUUACAUCUGCGAAGACUUUUCCCGUAAUCACAAAGUACUAUUAAACGCUGUGAAGGUGUUCUCUAUCGUUUAAGAAUAAAAGCCCAAUUAAAUUCGUACUUUUAUAUGAUAUGGAAUCCGUCAGGAACAAUUUGAAAAAGAUACACUGCUACUGAAUAAGUGUCAAUUCACUAACGCAUUUGUAAAAAUAGAAAGGAAGAACCAGUUUAGCGCACUUGUAUGUGAAUAGUUAGCGAUCGAUAGCCAGCAUGAACUGAGAAAAGUUUCGCCGCCAGUGUUUCUAUUCCACGUGAAUUCGACCUAAGGCGCCUACACCCGUCCCCGUGGCCUACCAAUAGGUUCAAGAAUAAUUUUUCAAUGGCUUUAUAUCAACACUGAUAUGUCUUGAAUUUUAUUGUACAUAAUAAGUGUUUCAAAUUGUAGCUUAGAUGGUAGCUGUACCUUUUUUAACUUAAAUCUUAUUUUUAAGUGUAUUUAUACCUCUAUUUUUUUAAUCCAUUUUUAUAUUUUAAUCCAUUUUAAAUUUUAUAUGUAAUACACAAUUCAGCCAUAUACGGCUGCGACGUAUUUUAAUGAAGUGUCUAUCUAUCUAUCAAGUUCAAGUUCUAUCAGUUCUCACACGACAUUGUCUAGCUUGAGUUGUUUGCUUUUCUGCUUGCUUGAACACUGUGAGUGUUUAAUCUCACGCAAUGUAAUUAUUGUAUUUACCUUGAAUUAAAUAAUUCUGUUUGAACUUCUGCGCGCAUGAACAGUGCUUGAUCGCACACGAUGGUCUUAUUAUAACCCUCAGACGUACACCCAAACUCGCACCUCCACCGCGGUACCAAUAGGGGGCUGGCUGAAACCCCCCACCUCUAGCGUUUUCGUCUUAUUCUAUUUUAUAUGCGUUUACUUUUUUGAAAAGAUUCACCUUUAAUAGAUAUAGGCUGUCACAUCGUUUACAAGAAUAUGUUAAUAUUAUGGGAUACAUACGUACGUAAGUAGCGCUGCUGAGGGCCAGUAACGUCAUUUAGAUUUUAAGCUUGGCUACGAAAGACUGCUUCGAAAUACUAAGACGAAAAGAAAAAAAGGGAAAAUAAAAUUGUGGUUAAAUAAUGUGCCAAACAGGCCGUCCAUCGACCGACGCUAUAUCUGAAAUCAUAUGUGGUUUUCACUCAUUCCGUGCGAAAGCGUUUUUAAAACUAACGGUUUAAGAAAUUCCUUUUUGUCAAACAGUAGGCAAUAAGAAGUGUUUAUAUAGAGCAGCCUCCUUCUUCUCCAGUUUAACAAGGCUUUUAAUUUCAGAAAAAUAGGGAGUCUUUAUUUAAUUUUAUAGAUGAAAAACUACACGGUAGCUAAUCUGGGUAUACCUUAAUUCGAAUCAAGUUGUUGGGUCUUAUUACCUUUCUCUCUAGUUUUAGGAGGCGUAGGUGGGUACCUCAGGUAAUUAACUACGGCCCUGCUUACAAAAUGCACAUACAACUGUUAAUUAAAGUUCAUCUCAGUUAUUCCAAAGCGAUAAAGAAAGUUUGGUCCCACGAAGAUUUCCCUCAAAUAUAAUCACAAGGUACAAUUAAACGUUAAAGUAUUCUCUACCACUUAAUAACAAGAGUCCGAGGAAUUUCGCACCAUUGUAUGUUACUUUCCAGUUUAUAAAAACGGUACGAAGCAAAUAACAACUAAAACUUGAACUGCUUCUGAAUACGUGAUAAUGCGCUAAGAUUGGCAAAAAUAAAAACAGUUCUCGCAUAACUUUGUCUAGCUUGAGUUGUUUGCCUUUCUGCCUGCUUGAACAGACGAGUCGCGGAUGAUCCUGUCAUUUCACUGCAAACACCAGUAACCAUUUUGUUUUAUUUUCUGCUCUUUUUCCCAUUUAACAAACUUCCAGUGUGAGAGAUAUUUAAACAGCAGUGCCCAUCCUGAAGUACUAGGAAUCAGAUACGACGUGCGCACGUGCGUACAGCUUGCCACGCCCUUGAUCACGAAAUCUUUAUAAGACAUGUGACUCAUAGAUAAGACACCAUUCUGUUCGUGGACGGAAUUCCAUCAACACUAUUUCAGUGAGUUGCCUCAUCCCAACAAGGUAACUGCUUUUUAAUACUAAAAGCUAAACUCACCCUUUUGAUAUAGCAAAGGCAGGCACAUUACCAAGUCCUUAAUAAUUUUGUGGUACCCUCUUUUAGUUAAUAAUGACAUUUUGCGUUUCUUUUAUCUAGACCUGAUCUUCGAGAUUUAAUCAUGAGGACCGCUUUCGUUUUCCUGACACUUCUCAUGCUAGUCGUAGCAUCAGUAACGGCCAGAGGUAGGUUAUACCUAAUUUUGGCUGGGUCUUCUGGAAUUCAAGCACUAGCUUUUUACAACUUUAUUCGAUAACUGAAAGAUAAUCUUAUUAAAAAUUAUAAUAUCAAUUUUAGUGGAGGGCUAUCCCAAAUUUAACGAGUUUUAAAACAGUUUUGAAUCAAAACCAUAUUUUUCAAUAGCCAUAGAAGUAACGUUUCCCUUGUCCGAUCACAACAGCAGAUUCCCCACUACUGAUUUUGGAUUAAAAUUAUGUCAAAAUGUAGUUUUAAAAGCGAUUUUUCAAGCUAUUUGCUAGCUUUUUAAAAGGCCAAAAGGUGUCUUCGUGGCAAUUGAAUUGACUGCUAAAAAUAAUAGCCCACUUUUGUUAUUUAAGACUUAAGACUAUAUCAAAACCGUUCCCUGUUGUGCUGUAGCUACGGAUAGCAAGGAUGGACAUGGAUUGAAGAUAUAUCAUCAUGAAUCUCAUGCUCAGUGAUAAAGUUGGGCUAAUGCCUGCAAAAAUCACUGAAAACAUUAUUACGAUUGGUACUUUCUUAUGAAAUUUGUGUGGUGUCUUCAUUAUAAAUGCACGGUAAGAGAGCAUUUUGUGCAUAGUAACGAAUCAAAGCUAUGACUUUAUUUAGAACAGAAUUGACCGCAAUAUCCUCGUGGCAUAGCCCCUUUGAGUAUAUUACCAUGACGAUAACAAAGGUAGAGGAAAUUUUUCAAGGAAGGAACACUUGAUUUACGAAUAUUUUCUAGCCGCUGUAUGUUUUUUGUAAUUGAGACUCUCAUUUAAUUCACACUUUACAAGUUUCUAUAGCCUCUCCGAAAACAGAAGCAAUGAAUACUGAAAAAAUUCAACAAAGAAAGGUACAGUUUUCCAAGGGAAGUUUCCAAUCACAUUUCAACUCAAAUUUCAGACGCGAAGAGUGCCCAGAGAUUUGUAACAAGCCUUAAAGUUUACCGGUUAGAAAUGUAUUUGAAGAAAAGAAUGGGUCUGAAUAGUGAAAUUUCCGGAUUAAUCAUUUGAUUGCUUCUUUUUACUCCAAGUUAAUAAAAAUUUACACAGACUCUCUCCUAUUUUCAAGUUUAAAGUGACAGCUUUUUUUUUCGCUUUCUUUGCUACAGGGCCGUCUUCGUGCAAGGAGCUUUAUGAUCAAGGGUAAGUUGUAAGAGCUGAUUCGGUCUAACAUGUCUAAAACAAGAAACGGUUACAGGCAAAUGGCAUGCAGCUUCUUCGUUUUUAUGUUUUUCACUUAAACCUUUUUGAAAUAUCGAUGAGAAAGAAACAAGUGUUUUAAACGGCUGAGUUACAUUCAAAACACCAUCACCUCGUUGCCAAUGGAAAAGGAUGACAUCUUGGAUCACGUAUAUAGGACGAAAUGACGACUUUAAUUACAAUGAAAGGUCGUACAUGAUCGAAUUGGAUUUGGUUUUACUACUUUUUUUUUAAGGCAAAGCUCACACCCUAACCAACACCAAAGUAAGGGUGGAUUUCCAUUGUCGCGUAAAAGUUCAGCAUUUUCAACUUUUAAGUUAACGCUGGACCUUCCAUACAUUGUUUCUUUUUAUUUUCGCGCGUAAAAUGUAUUACGUGCGCAUGCACGUGAAAAUUUAGCAACAGUGAAAAUUCACCUUAAGGCCGACUCUUGAAACCUACUAACAACUAGUUUAAAUUAACAACGAGGCAUUUCAAUUACAGCUCAAAGCAAUUACAUAAAAAACGGCCCCUACUCGAGUACUGUCAUGAUCAUUUCGGGUAUUCAGUAAUUGAAUACGUCUCGGCUGUAUUCUCGAAUCUGCCAAAGUGAGUCUGUCUGAUUGGAGGGAAUUCAAGAGCGCGCCCUUAGGAUAAUUCUUCCGAAUUCACAUUAUGACGAGGCAUUGAUACUAAGUGGCCUGCCGUCUCUAAAAGACCGUAGGGCUGCUGCUUGCGAAUCAUUUAUGCGUAAUUUAAAAACAUCCAAUCCUGUGUUUGGCCUUGCCAUGAGUGGAAGGGUAACUACCGUUCACUCGUACUCGUUACGAAGCUGCCGGAACUAUAAUAACAAAAUGUGUAAGACAAAAGAUUGUCAGAAUUUGAAUCUGUGAAAUAUUUAGAUUUUUUGUCAUAAGAUAAAUGUUAAUUAUGUGUAAUUUGCGCACGAUCCUGUUAUCCAGCUCUUACUCAACUCUACUCUACCCUACCCUACCCUACCCUACCCUACACCUACUCUACUCUAUUCUUUUGAAAAUAGUUGACAAAGCUAAUUAUAUAACAUGGAGCGUGCCGUGCCAAUGUUUAACACUCCUACGUCUUCAAUUUUCAGAGAACGUAAAAGUGGCGCGUAUGACCUAGGGAUUAGUCCCGGACCAGUUUACUGUCACAUGGGAGAUGGAAACUUUGGAUGCGGAGAAGGAGGAUGGACUACUGUCAUGAAAAUCGAUGGUGCACAGGUACUCUUCUUUAAAGUUGUACUUUUUCAUUGCGAGCGACAAGGAGAAUCCGCAAUCCUAAUAUCUAGGUUAUUAAUACGCAUGCGUCGCAUGUAUCAAGCCAGCAUCCGUUUGGACUUUCACUAAGAAUGAAUGGAAUCCAAUUUGAUCCCGCGUGUUUAGACCUUCCACUCACUUGUAAUCUGAUCCCGCGUGUUUAGACCUUCCACUCACUCGUAAUCUGAUCCCGCGUGUUUAGACCUUCCACUCACUCGUAAUCUGAUCCCGCGUGUUUAGACCUUCCACUCACUCGUAAUCUGAUCACGCGUGUUUUGACCUUCCACUCACUCGUAAUCUGAUCACGCGUGUUUUGACCAUGUGUCACGCGAAACUUAUGCAAAGCACAGCCCUAGAGCGAAAGCGUUUUGACCUUCGAUCGUUGUCGCCCGCACGCCGUAACCUUUGGUUAUUACUAUAUAUUACGCUUGCGUCGCAUGUAGUUAGCCAGCAUUCGUUUGGAAUUCCACUAAGAAUGUAUACAAUUUGAUCACGCUCGUUUGGAACUUUCAUCACUCUUAAUCUGAUCACGCGUGUUUUUGAAUAUCGGUCAUAUGAAACUUACGCAAAGCACAGCGCUGGAGCAAAAGCGUUUUGACCUUCGAUUGUUGUCGCCCGUACUCCGUAACCUUUGGCUAACACUAGUUGCUAGAGCCGGAGAAUCUAUAUUAAUUACAGAAAAGCAAUUUUUACCCUUUAAUUUCAGCCAACCUUCCACUACGAUUCACAUCAUUGGAGCACCUAUGGAUCCAAAUACCCACAAAAUGGGACGACAGGAUUCGACGACAAGGAAACCAAGUUGAAACCUACGAUAAAACGAGUUUCACUAAGAUCUGUCUCGGCAUGAAGGUAGAGAGCCAGACCAGAUUUAUCGUCAUCAAUAAGAAGGCCAAUUCGCUGUACGAAUUGAUUUCUAAAGAGACAUACGAACCAACCACCCUGGGACGUGACGAAUGGAAGAAGCUGGUUGGACCUCAAGCUUCUCUGCAGAACAACUGUGAAAGAGAAGGAUUCAACGCCAAAGGAGACAGUUUUUUUUACCUUUCUAGAGCAAGAAUUGGGAUUAUUGGAAACCAGGAAGACAACUGCGACAGCCCUGACUCCAGAAUCGGCUUUGGUACUGGAGGACAAGAAAAACAGAGCACUCCGCGUCACAAAGAAAACACGUGUGGAAAUGAGGCUCAUUGGUCGUCAGAUAACCGAGAUCAGUCCAUCAAGGCCAUGGGGUACAUCUUAGUUCAAUGAAGGCUGAGAUUUGCACAAGUUGACAGAAGCAGUCGGAUCUUAAAAAAUUAGAACAGUUGAUUAUUGUAAUUAGUGGUCUUAAGAAAAUUGAAAUAUAAGGGAUGUGUUAAACUAAAGGUAAAAUAAACGCUUGCAUGCACUGUCGAUCAAAAAUGUUUUGUUUCUUUGAUCUUCUUGUUUGGUCGGGACAAACUUGUAAGAAGAACCCGAAACAAACAGCAGAGACUUUUGCUGUUGCUUUCAUUUGUUACCCUCUAGGAUUUUAUCCGCGCGCUUAACGCUACCACACGAAAGUGCUGCUAAGUAGCUUUCAUUUGAAUGGAUCACACUUUAGUAUUUCAUCCAAAGAUUCAAAAGUUAGAACCACCUUGUACAGCGUAAUAAACAGCACCACAUGAAAGUGCUGCUAAGUAGCUUUCAUUUGAAUGGUCACACUUUAGGAUUUCAUCCAAAGAUUCAAAAGUUAGAACCACCUUGUACAGCAUAAUGAAAAAAGCCACAUGAAAGUACUGCUCCGGCAGUAGCUUUCAUUUGAAUGGUCACACUCUAGUAUUUCAUCAACACACUUUAAGCUAGAACCAAGUUGUACAGCAAAAAAGUUUUGCUCAGUAGCAGUUUCAUUGAAAUGUGCACAAUUUAGGAUUUCAUCCACUGUCAAAAUAGCGUAUCAUCCGAUCAAUUCCGUUGUAUACGGGAAAAAGCUUAGCCUGCGUAGCAAGCGUUUCCUCGCGAGGUUCGUCUAGAAAGCUGGGACGAGAAAAAAAAAAUGAAUGACGGGGAGGGGAGGGAAAGAAGGAACCGCUUGCCCGCAAACUCCACGAUUUUGAAAAACUGCGUUCGCCCACGAACGCAGCUUCUGAUUGGCGCGGUGCAGGUGGUGUUGAUUACUUAGCAUUCGAAACAUCAAUCAAUCCAGGUAUGCUUUGUUUUCGUGCGUCACAGAUCUGGUCUCAUCUGAUUUGUGGUCGCAGAUUACAAAUGCUUUGGACUGAUAUUUAUUGGAAUCGUGUUUGUGCGAAGGUUUAUGAGAUCAGAGUCUUCAAAGUAUAAUUGGAGAUCGAGCAGUGGAGACUAGGGAAGGCCAAUUUAUUGAGAAUCACGGCGUGCGGAUCUGACUGGAAAAAAUGGACUGUUUGUUGGAGAUAACAUCAACAUAAAUCAGAACAUCGGUACUCGACACUAGCUGAAGCCGCCAUGGACAAGCGAUUUGUCAGCUUUUUGGCAUGAAAAGAUUCUUUUUGUUUAUUGGAAAUUUAGUGGCAUCUAUUUUAGAGAACGUUUCGACACAGGCUGAAGAGCAGCCGCUCUGCAAAACUUAUACCCUACGGAGUGAAUUGUUCUUGACGUGUCGAAAGGUUUCAGACGAGAUAAAGCCACACAAUAAAAAACAAGAAAUUCCGCAUCAAUCGCUCAUGGUUUUAACUUUCUUUUAUCGUAAAUCUCUUUUAUUACAGUUCUUGCAAUCGCCUGCAACGUGUUCUAUUAGAGAACAAAGUAAUUUUACAAAUCUGGUAAUCCAGGGGUAAUCUGUUCGUUAUGUUUCUAUUUUGACGAGCUGUCAAUUUACAAAUGAACCGAACCGUGAAAUAUCAAGGGGCGUUUUUCAGAAUCGUGGGGUUUGCGGGCAAGCGUUUCCUCUUCUCCGUCCCCCCCUCCCCUUCAACUUUUUUUUUUUUUGCUUCCGCUCUAACUUUCGCGCAAUAACUCGAUGGGAAACGCUUGCUACGCAGGCUAGAAAAAGCUUGCCUGAGAUGUACAAACAACCCAAAACGUUUCCUAUAUAUCAUCAAAGUCGAACGGUCUUGGUUUACUGACAUUCAUUUUUCAUUUCUUUCAUGUCAUAUUUUUAAAGCAAAAAUAUUUCCCAAUUGGACUAGGAUUUUUUUACAAGGCUCCGCCUUGUAUCUUAGGGAAAAUGUGUCAAAAUGCAAUUGAUUCGCCAAAAUGUCACGAUCCAAAUUCGCCCAUUAUUGGGCAAGGGUAAAUAAAAUAACCAGUAAAAGAAAAAUUUUUUUUGUUUUCAAAAUUUUAAAAAUGUCACGUCACUGAAUCACCUCAUCUUAAAUUGUUCAAGUUUGUCGAAUGUAAUUCGUGCUAAUCUCCUGCAUCCAAAACCAUUUAAAUCCUUUGCAGUAAGUUAUUUCGUCUUUCGCGUUUUUCUUUUUUAACUCUUUCAGCCCUGCUGUCUACUUUAUAAAACGGUAGUCACGGGAAUGAAGGCUGAAAAGAUCAAACAGUACUUCUACAAAAAAUGCACAGGGGAAAUAAGAUUUUAUUUUUGUCAUCAGUGUUAAAAGGGUUAUUACAUUUUUGGACUCCCUUCGACUUCCAUGAUUAUUUUGCGCGUUGCCAAAAAAAGUAUCUUUUGUGACAGUGCUUCUUCAGACAGCGUUCGAGUGACCACUUUGAAUGCUAUUAGGACUUAUAUUAUAAGAAUUUUUUCAAAAAAGGAUUGAAUUCUUUAUUUUGAAUAGAGGGCUAAGAUUGCCUCUAGUUACGGGGAGACAAUAUCUCAGGAAAAGAGUCACAAACACGCCAAUGUUUAAUUUAGUUUAAAACCAAUGGACCUUUAAAAUUUGCGAUUCUUUCGGCCGUAAAUCGAAAAGAUCCCGCCGGUUAAAAAAUUUGCCUGUACUCGUGUGUCGUUGCUAAGGCACUUGCUCAGCAUACUGGCACCGCUUGAACAGCGAGCAAAACAGCUACAAACGACCGCUUCAGCAUGAAAACUUGCAACCUUCUAUUUAGCUUCCUGUUAUUCUUACGACUGGAUGUCAGAAGGUCUGUUUUUCUCUUCAGUCCUAAAUCAUGGAACCAGCCCCGUAUAAGGGAAGCCGGAUUCCGAAAUCCGUUAAAUGUUUGCUUGUAAAAUCUGUAAUCCUGGACUAUGGAAUCCAGAAUACAGCUUAAGGGAUCUGGAAUCUCACUAAUGAUUGGAGUCGGGAAUCAAGUUCGACUGGCAGAGAAUUUCCGGUAUUGAGUACCCGGAAUCCAAAAUCCAAGACUGUCUUGGAUUCCCUUACAUCGGGCGAACGGAACGGGUCUGAUAACACAAUAUCGAUUGGUACCUUUUAGCUGGAACCUAAUGAAUGUGGUCGUAAUAUUGUGCUGUGUGACAGGUACUUCACUGUAUAUCUAAGAAAGCCGCAAACUACUCCUUUACAACUCUGGUGACUCAGGAGGGAAUUUCUCAGAAACAAUUAAAUUGUCUAUAUCCACAGAGUAACAGAGCCUUCUAGAUGGAUUAGUUUUCUGCGUUACGCUUUAGCAUUUCACUCGUAAAAAAAAACAGCCUCAAUUGACGUUCUGGCCAGAGUGACUUUUUUCUUUCAGCAAACCAUCAGCGACUAAGGAAAACUUAAUUGAUGAAUUAACAGGAGCACGUUCACGGAUGAAUUGGAUUGAGUUUAAUUCGUUUGAAUUAGCUCAGUUAAGUGAAUUUGGACUCUAUAGCACUUCUCUGUAGUGAGAUACUUUGUGGAAAAAGGUUGAAACGGAAACGUUUCAGCCGUCUCCGUGAUCAAGUCUCUGUUUCCCCUAGUUAAUUUUCAUUCGUUCUUCAGCGACAAGGGAAAGUCAUGCAUGUACUGAAAUAACAGCACGUCUAUAUGGCAAAAAUCUACAAUUUGCUUUCAUAUUAUAUCCGUUCAGCCACAUGAUAAAUUUCCGAAGUUUUCUUUGUAGUCUCAUUCGGUGUAUCACGACUUAGUAGUUGCGGCAGGGAGCUUCCAAGCUUCUAAGGCAAAACAUUUUAAGCCUACACUGCAAAGAGCUUUGGCAAACAGGCACGCAAGCAGUGAGUCUUGUUGAAUCUGUAGUUACGUCUUGUAAUACUUCUUUGCUUAUUUUUCAUAACAUGAUUACGUCGUUAGAAAAGGUAUCGGUGCGCCAUGUAUAUAAGCUUAUAUAUAUAUUCACAUUUUCAUGUCCAAAACAAUUUCAACAGGCAUCCCAAUACAGUGUGGGCUCCAAACCUCCAGCCUGGAGCCUAAAAAGCCAACACACAGAGUUUAGCGCGCUGAAACAGAAGAAAACCAGAUGGCCCUAAAAACUCUGAAACCGUAUUUAGCACAUUAUAACUACAAUAAAUCGGCAGAGGCCAUGCUGGAGGCCUGCAACUAAGUGCUCAACGGUCCACUCUUUGAUAGAUUGCGCUAACAUAAUUUUUGGCAUAAUUCGGCAUUUAAUACGAGCAAUAAUUUUCAUCUUUUUUCCGAAAAAACUGUACUGCUGGCACUUUUGGCCAGAAUUGUCAUAUACUGGUCAUGCAACCAAUUUUUUUGGCCCAAGAUCAGUGUUACAGAGAAAAAAUUAAUUGUUUGUCUGCCUGUUGUCACAUUCGUGGAGCUUACAUGUAGGUCUUACAGGAAGUGACCCAGGAUUAGGCCCAGGACCUUUUCCAACUCAACACAUGCGCAUAACUAGCUCGGUUACCCAAGAUGGGGACUGCGUGCUGGUCAGUUUUUAUUUAAUAGUAGUCAGACAAUUAAUUAUGUACUUUCUAGAAGUAAAUAAUGUUAAUGUACUCACGAUUUACUAGUUUUUUUUUUUUUUUGCAUUGUUAUUGAGGGUUUUGAGUGAAAAGAAGAGUAUUUGUUACGAUUUUUAUCACUUAUUUUAUUCAUUUUUAUCUCUUAUUUUAUUAUUUUGCCACACAGAAUAAAUUACGGGGUGUCCCAAAAGUUCGUUCCUCUACUUUAUAAGUCUGUAUUUCAGAACGAUUGGACUUGGUAAGCAAAUCAUUUCAACAAAAGUUGUGUCUUUCAAUCUAAUUCACUAUUUUCAUACUUGUUGUGCCAUCUUUUGACUCGAAUAUUCGAUAUGUGUACUUCCGCGCCAAAGGUGCGCGUGCGCGAGUAUAUUUUCCAAUCACACAUUUUUUGUAUUUCAUAGCCCGAAUCGCUCGAACUCCUUCCUAGUUUUUUUGUGAAUAUCACGAAAGAUAAACCCCCUUAGCGCAUAAACGUUCCGCUGCGUGAGAGCAUAAGCCUGUAUACUUCUAUUUACUGGCUCAUCUGUUGUAGAAAUUGCUAAAAACUGGAAAAAUCCAAAUGUUGGGCGGUAGAAUGAUCAUGGAGAAAUGAAGGUUUUGAAGGCAAGAAACUAAGGGGAAGAUCAAAAGCCCUGAAUAAGGCAGCUAAAAUAGUUUUAAUGAAGGCUAAAUAAAAAAUCAUGAGGAGACUCGACAAGGAAGCUCAGUCUCUCACAUAGUUCGCAAGCCAAAUAAAAGGGUCAUGAAAAGCUGUUUGAAAUGUUGAAAAUUAGAGGCCCCUGAGAUGGCAAAAAAUCCUCUGUUUAGUCUGCCAAUUAACGCCCAGCUUGAGUCAAAUAUGUAAAGAAUUACAAAAGCCUUGCUGUGGAAGGGGGUCGGGAUGAUUAUCUUUUUUGGAUGAAUGCCCGAUCCGGCAUAGGGUGAACCAAGCCUCGUUUGUCUAGUAUAUCAGCGGUUAUUUGAUAAAUGGCAAUAUUUCGCUCUCUCUCGUCUAAAAACUGUUUAUUGUACAUAUUUCAGGUGCAACUUGUCAGAGAGAGAUGCAGUUGCAAUUCUGUGAAGGCGAUUCACAUACACUCUCUUGCACUCAUUUUUCCAAGAACAUCAGUAUCCUUUCUGCAAACUACGGUCGUUUGACUGGAGCUCAAGUCUGUGGCUGGGGACCAAUAAAGUCCACUCACUGCAAAGCUGAUGGAGCACUUGCCAAAGUUCAAGCUCACUGUCAGGGACGUUCACAUUGCACAUUGCGGGCAACCAACAGCGAGUUUGGUGAUCCCUGCGAUGAAACUUACAAAUAUCUAGAGGUAACUAUUUUUCUUAGCCAAACCUUUUCUCAACUUGGUUUCAAAGGGAUCUCUUUUCUUCAAUUUCUCAUUGUCGCCAGGAUUCGUAGCUUUGGCAAGUUUAUCGAUCUUGAAAAAGAAGUCGUAGCCUGAGUAGCUUGUGUGGAAGAGAGGAGCGAAAAGGGGAAAAGGGAAGAAGGGAGACUGAGAAACUACUGACACAAAAAUGACGGGAGAAGGGUCUAUCUUUCCCCAGCAUUUACCUUAAUUUGUAUUUGUAGUGUCCACCCCUUUUUUUCUUGGCUUUCCCGGCCACUUCAGCCCUUUUUCUAUUGUGAAUUAUUAUUAAAGCGAUGUAACCUAAUGUCAUCCAAUCCCGUCCUCCCCCACAUCAGGGUGGAAAAGAAAAUUCAAAAAUGGAAAUAAGAUGGGUAAAUAUCUACAUCCGACAACUGAUUUCUAUAGAUGUACAUGUUACUGGUUAUUGAAUAUGCUCUGAUCCUUAACUCGAUUUUGAUCCCUUUUGGACUGUUGGAAUGGGUACAGUUAAUAGCUUGAUGGCAGCAAGCCUUGAUUUCGUUUUGUUGAUAAUAUAUACUAACUCAUGUCCGCUGAAUUCAACAGAUUCGCUACAUAUGUGAGUGAGAACGCCAAGACUCUGGUUCAGUUAAAAACGGUGGCGUGAGCCGUUAGUAGUGAUCGAAAAAGACAACCUUCAUUAAUAGCUGUGCAAAGAAAGUGCCACUUGACAAUUUAGACGAUUUAGCUUAUGUAGUUUGCUUGGAAAGAAAAUCAUUAAACUUCUUUUUGAACGAGAAUGUUGUACAUCGAUAUUUUUUCUACCCCUUUUUUUUUCUACUGUUAUAGCGUGGCGUCAUUUGUUUUAGAACCUCAUUUGGUUCGCGCUUUCCUUCGCUUCCCUUCGUUGAACAGGCUAUGAUGUUUUGCUUCCUUGCGUGUUUCGCUUGGUCAAAAAAGAAAGGAAAAUAGAGAACAAUCUUGCCAGCUUAUAGGAGAUAGAUAACUUUAAAAUUAUCCUGGUCAAAUAUUAGCACCUUUUGCUGCAAAAAAUGACUAGCUUUGCUCACUGAAUAAAAAAGCCGUUCCAUUUAAAGAAAAACGUUUAGAACGGGAUGGCGAGAGACGAACCAAGCUUAGAGUUAAGCUCAUGAAAAGUUCGACCUCUGGCUCGGUUGAUUUCGUGUGCAUCAUUUAGACGAACUCAACUCGGAGAGUUUGGAUCCUCCAACACUUCUAAGAUAAUACAUAUUUAGCCUGGUUCGGGAGAAAAUUAAUUAAAAUUGUUUUUUGGUCUGCUUCAGUUGGUUUGUUCGACGCGUCGUCCUAAGUUCGACGUCUGACCCAACAGACGAUCUUAACUUAAUUUAGGUCGACUCAAAUUAGAGUUUGGUUCGUCUCAUGAACAGUUCCACGUUUGGUCUAGGCCUUAGAGUCGACAAAUUUGGUUACGUUUACAUGCCCUAGAUAAGAUUCAGGAGAUUUUACCUGAUUCAUUAAUGUUUUCGGUUUUACACAAAAUACGAAUCCGAGAAAAUCCAUAUCUACUAAAGAUUCCUCACUCACAUUACCAGGCAUUCCGCUGAUGAGAUCAGAGGCACCUUGUUGCGGUGGUGGACUAUCUUGUAUUUGUCUGCUUACUAUUCACUUCAUAGUUUAAUUUUAACAACCCCCAAAUCCAACAUUUUUCAAGUUUUUAAAAUUUUAAAUAACACCCAUUAAUUUUUAUACAUCAAACUCGAAAAUCAUCUAAAAACUAUUAAUUCAAGAACUGAAAACUAAUUGGCAAUGAAUCAUUUUUCGAUUGCAUGAAAUAUUGGCUGAUAUUUAAGAAAAAAGGGGGGAAAUGUGCGAAAAGCAAUGCUUUAAACCAGUCCUUAAAGGAUUCUUACUAGAAGUUGUCUGUCGUGUUAUCGUGACUACACUCUAUGCACUCUUGUCCUCGUUGAACUUACAAUUUCUCGUCCCAUCUGUGAAAACGUUUGUCACCUAACGCUCUCCCCAAGGUUGAUUCACAUAUUACCUAUUUACAAAGGUAGCUCAAAAGCUCUUCUCGCUUACUAACGAGAAGAAAAGCUUAUUCAGUGGAAAAAUAAGAAAAAGGGAAGCUUAAAAAAAAAUAGAGCUGCGAUGAUGGCUCGCACUGAUGUUUAGUACUUCUGGUUAAACACAGAUUUAGAACGCCGGGUUAGUUUUCUUUACUACAAACUCCAAAGAGAAGCUAAGAGACAAAAUAGUGCAGCGAUUAUGGUUUGUGCUGAUGUAUAGCGAUUACGGUUAAGCACUGAUUUCAGAUUUAGAAUGGUUAGCUCCGUUAAUAAAGAAGAGCCGCCUUCUUUAGUCCAACAAGGCUUUUGAGAGGUGAUCAAAGAACUGGUUAAUACUGUAGAUGCUAUUAUUUAACGUAGCAGAUGAAAAUUUUCAUGAUCGCUUAGCCAAUGCUUUUUACUUAACUUAUACCAAGUAGUUGCCUUAAGAAUAUAUGGACUAGUCUUUCGCCCCCUAGUAUUUUAUCUUUUAAGCCUUAAUAUUUAGUUUAAUAAUCGUGUGGCUUUUACGAGGAAAUCUACGUUCAGUUUGUAAACAAAUUGUGCUUUUUGCUUCGAAGAAUAAACAUUCGCUCUUUUUUCAGGAACGCUUAUGCGUACAUGUUUACUUGUAGCCACGGCUUGGCUUAUGCUAAAUACACCUUUUCAAAUAUAGGAAGCUCCAACUUACAAUUCUAGUGCGAUUAAAAAAACAUUGCAUCUGCGAAGAUUUUUCCGGUAAUCACAAAGUACAAUUACACGCUGUGAAGGUGUUCUCUAUCGUUUAAGAAUAAAAGCCCAAUUAAAUUCGUACUUUUAUAUGAUAUGGAAUCCGUUAGGAACAAUUUAAAAAAGAUACACUGCUAUUGAUCAAUACAUGUCAAUUCACUAACGCAUUUGCAAAAAAAGAAAAGUUCAGCACACUCACAUGUGAAUAGUUAGCGAUCGAUAGCCAGCACGAACUGAGAAAGGUUUCGCCGCCAGUGUUUCUGUUCCACGUGAAUUCGACCUAAGGCGCCUAUACCCGUCUCAGUGGCCUACCAAUAGGAUCAAGAAUAAUUUUUCAAUGGCUUUAUGUCAGCACUGAUAUGUCUUGAAUUUUAUUGUUGAUCAUAAGUGUUUCAAAUUGAAGCUUAGGUGGUAACUGUACCUUUUUUAACUUAAAUCUUAUUUUUAAGCGUAUUUAUACCUCUAUUUUUUUUCAUUCAUUUUUAUAUUUUAAUACAUUUUAAAUUUUAUAUGUAAUACACAAUUCAGCCAUAUACAGCUGGGACGUAUUUUAAUAAAGUGUCUAUCUAUCUAUCAAGUUCAAGUUCUUUCAGUUCUCACACGACAUUGUCUAGCUUGAGUUGUUUGCUUUUCUGCUUGCUUAUUGAACACUGUGAGUGUUUAAUCUCACGCAAUGAUCCGCUCAUUUUACUUCAAACGCCAGUAAUUAUUGUAUUUACCUUGAAUUAAAUAAUUAUGUUUGAACUUCUGCGCGCAUGAACAGUGCUUGAUCGCACACGAUGGUCUUAUUAUAACCCUCAGACGUACACCCAAACUCGCACCUCCACCGCGGUACCAAUAGGGGGCUGGCUGAAACCCCCCACCUCUAGCGUUUUCGUCUUAUUCUAUUUUAUAUGCGUUUACUUUUUUGAAAAGAUUCACCUUUAAUAGAUUCACCUUUAAUAGAUAUAGGCUGUCACAUCGUUUACAAGAAUAUGUUAAUAUUAUGGGAUACAUACGUACGUAAGUAGCGCUGCUGAGGGCCAGUAACGUCAUUUAGAUUUUAAGCUUGGCUACGAAAGACUGCUUCGAAAUACUAAGACGAAAAGAAAAAAAGGGAAAAUAAAAUUGUGGUUAAAUAAUGUGCCAAACAGGCCGUCCAUCGACCGACGCUAUAUCUGAAAUCAUAUGUGGUUUUCACUCAUUCCGUGCGAAAGCGUUUUUAAAACUAACGGUUUAAGAAAUUCCUUUUUGUCAAACAGUAGGCAAUAAGAAGUGUUUAUAUAGAGCAGCCUCCUUCUUCUCCAGUUUAACAAGGCUUUUAAUUUCAGAAAAAUAGGGAGUCUUUAUUUAAUUUUAUAGAUGAAAAACUACACGGUAGCUAAUCUGGGUAUACCUUAAUUCGAAUCAAGUUGUUGGGUCUUAUUUUACUUUUUCAACUCAAACUAGUUUUUAGGAGGCGUAGGUGGGUACCUCAGGUAAUUAACUACGGCCCUGCUUACAAAAUGCACAUACAACUGUUAAUUAAAGUUCAUCUCAGUUAUUCCAAAGCGAUAAAGAAAGUUUGGUCCCACGAAGAUUUCCCUCAAAUAUAAUCACAAGGUACAAUUAAACGUUAAAGUAUUCUCUACCGCUUAAUAACAAGAGUCCGAGGAAUUUCGCACCAUUGUAUGUUACUUUCCAGUUUAUAAAAACGGUACGAAGCAAAUAACAACUAAAACUUGAACUGCUUCUGAAUACGUGAUAAUGCGCUAAGAUUGGCAAAAAUAAAAACAGUUCUCACAUAACUUUGUCUAGCUUGAGUUGUUUGCCUUUCUGCCUGCUUGAACAGACGAGUCGCGGAUGAUCCUGUCAUUUCACUGCAAACACCAGUAACCAUUUUGUUUUAUUUUCUGCUCUUUUUCCCAUUUAACAAACUUCCAGUGUGAGAGAUAUUUAAACAGCAGUGCCCAUCCUGAAGUACAAGGAAUCAGAUACGACGUGCGCACGUGCGUACAGCUUGCCACGCCCUUGAUCACGAAAUCUUUAUAAGACAUGUGACUCAUAGAUAAGACACCAUUCUGUUCGUGGACGGAAUUCCAUCAACACUAUUUCAGUGAGUUGCCUCAUCCCAACAAGGUAACUGCUUUUUUAAUACUAAAAGCUAAACUCACCCUUUUGAUAUAGCAAAGGCAGGCACAUUACCAAGUCCUUAAUAAUUUUGUGGUACCCUCUUUUAGUUAAUAAUGACAUUUUGCGUUUCUUUUAUCUAGACCUGAUCUUCGAGAUUUAAUCAUGAGGACCGCUUUCGUUUUCCUGACACUUCUCAUGCUAGUCGUAGCAUCAGUAACGGCCAGAGGUAGGUUAUACCUAAUUUUGGCUGGGUCUUCUGGAAUUCAAGCACUAGCUUUUACAACUUUAUUCGAUAACUGAAAGAUAAUCUUAUUAAAAAUUAUAAUAUCAAUUUUAGUGGAGGGCUAUCCCAAAUUUAACGAGUUUUAAAACAGUUUUGAAUCAAAACCAUAUUUUUCAAUAGCCAUAGAAGUAACGUUUCCCUUGUCCGAUUCACAACAGCAGAUUCCCCACUACUGAUUUUGGAUUAAAAUUAUGUCAAAAUGUAGUUUUAAAAGGGAUUUUUCAAGCUAUUUGCUAGCUUUUUAAAAGGCCAAAAGGUGUCUUCGUGGCAAUUGAAUUGACUGCUAAAAAUAAUAGCCCACUUUUGUUAUUUAAGACUUAAGACUAUAUCAAAACCGUUCCCUGUUGUGCUGUAGCUACGGAUAGCAAGGAUGGACAUGGAUUGAAGAUAUAUCAUCAUGAAUCUCAUGCUCAGUGAUAAAGUUGGGCUAAUGCCUGCAAAAAUCACUGAAAACAUUAUUACGAUUGGUACUUUCUUAUGAAAUUUGUGUGGUGUCUUCAUUAUAAAUGCACAGUAAGAGAGCAUUUUGUGCAUAGUAACGAAUCAAAGCUAUGACUUUAUUUAGAACAGAAUUGACCGCAAUAUCCUCGUGGCAUAGCCCCUUUGAGUAUAUUACCAUGACGAUAACAAAGGUAGAGGAAAUUUUUCAAGGAAGGAACACUUGAUCUACGAAUAUUUUCUAGCCGCUGUAUGUUUUUUGUAAUUGAGAAUCUCAUUUAAUUCACACUUUACAAGUUUCUAUAGCCUCUCCGAAAACAGAAGCAAUGAAUACUGAAAAAAUUCAACAAAGAAAGGUACAGUUUUCCAAGGGAAGUUUCCAAUCACAUUUCAACCCAAAUUUCAGACGCGAAGAGUGCCCAGAGAUUUGUAAGAAGCCUUAAAGUUUACCGGUUAGAAAUGUAUUUGAAGAAAAGAAUGGGUCUGAAUAGUGAAAUUUCCGGAUUAAUCAUUUGAUUGCUUCUUUUUACUCCAAGUUAAUAAAAAUUUACACAGACUCUCUCCUAUUUUCAAGUUUAAAGUGACAGCUUUUUUUCGCUUUCUUUGCUACAGGGCCGUCUUCGUGCAAGGAGCUUUAUGAUCAAGGGUAAGUUGUAAGAGCUGAUUCGGUCUAACAUGUCUAAAACAAGAAACGGUUACAGGCAAAUGGCAUGCAGCUUCUUCGUUUUUAUGUUUUUCACUUAAACCUUUUUUGAAAUAUCGAUGAGAAAGAAACAAGUGUUUUAAACGGCUGAGUUACAUUCAAAACACCAUCACCUCGUUGCCAAUGGAAAAGGAUGACAUCUUGGAUCACGUAUAUAGGACGAAAUGACGACUUUAAUUACAAUGAAAGGUCGUACAUGAUCGAAUUGGAUUUGGUUUUACUACUUUUUAAGGCAAAGCUCACACCCUAACCAACACCAAAGUAAGGGUGGAUUUCCAUUGUCGCGUAAAAGUUCAGCAUUUUCAACUUUUAAGUUAACGCUGGACCUUCCAUACAUUGUUUCUUUUUAUUUUCGCGCGUAAAAUGUAUUACGUGCGCAUGCACGUGAAAAUUUAGCAACAGUGAAAAUUCACCUUAAGGCCGACUCUUGAAACCUACUAACAACUAGUUUAAAUUAACAACGAGGCAUUUCAAUUACAGCUCAAAGCAAUUACAUAAAAAACGGCCCCUACUCGAGUACUGUCAUGAUCAUUUCGGGUAUUCAGUAAUUGAAUACGUCUCGGCUGUAUUCUCGAAUCUGCCAAAGUGAGUCUGUCUGAUUGGAGGGAAUUCAAAAGCGCGCCCUUAGGAUAAUUCUUCCGAAUUUACAUUAUGACGAGGCAUUGAUACUAAGUGGCCUGCCGUCUUUAGAAGACCGUUGGGCAGCUGCUUGCGAAUCAUUUAUGCGUAAUUUAAAACCAUCCAUGUGUUUGGCCUUGCCAUAAGUGGAAGGGUAGCUACCGUUCACUCGUACUCGUUACGAAGCUGCCGGAACUAUAAUAACAAAAUGUGUAAGACAAAAAGAUUGUCAGAAUUUGUAUCUGUGAAAUAUUUAGAUUAUUUUCAUAAGAUAAAUGUUAAUUAUGCGUAAUUUGCGCACUAUCCUGUUAUCCAGCUCUUACUCAACUCUACUCUACCCUACCCUACCCUACCCUACCCUACCCUACUCUACUCUAUUCUUUUGAAAGUAGUUGACAAAGCUAAUUAUAUAACAUGGAGCGUGCCGUGCCAAUGUUUAACACUCCUACGUCUUCAAUUUUCAGAGAACGUAAAAGUGGCGCGUAUGACCUAGGGAUUAGUCCCGGACCAGUUUACUGUCACAUGGGAGAUGGAAACUUUGGAUGCGGAGAAGGAGGAUGGACUACUGUCAUGAAAAUCGAUGGUGCACAGGUACUCUUCUUUAAAGUUGUACUUUUUCAUUGCGGGCGACAAGGAGAAUCCGCAAUCCUAAUAUCUAGGUUAUUAAUACGCAUGCGUCGCAUGUAUCAAGCCAGCAUCCGUUUGGACUUUCACUAAGAAUGAAUGGAAUCCAAUUUGAUCCCGCGUGUUUAGACCUUCCACUCACUUGUAAUCUGAUCCCGCGUGUUUAGACCUUCCACUCACUCGUAAUCUGAUCCCGCGUGUUUAGACCUUCCACUCACUCGUAAUCUGAUCCCGCGUGUUUAGACCUUCCACUCACUCGUAAUCUGAUCACGCGUGUUUUGACCUUCCACUCACUCGUAAUCUGAUCACGCGUGUUUUGACCAUGUGUCACGCGAAACUUAUGCAAAGCACAGCCCUAGAGCGAAAGCGUUUUGACCUUCGAUCGUUGUCGCCCGCACGCCGUAACCUUUGGUUAUUACUAUAUAUUACGCUUGCGUCGCAUGUAGUUAGCCAGCAUUCGUUUGGAAUUCCACUAAGAAUGUAUACAAUUUGAUCACGCUCGUUUGGAACUUUCAUCACUCUUAAUCUGAUCACGCGUGUUUUUGAAUAUCGGUCAUAUGAAACUUACGCAAAGCACAGCGCUGGAGCAAAAGCGUUUUGACCUUCGAUUGUUGUCGCCCGUACUCCGUAACCUUUGGCUAACACUAGUUGCUAGAGCCGGAGAAUCUAUAUUAAUUACAGAAAAGCAAUUUUUUACCCUUUAAUUUCAGCCAACCUUCCACUACGAUUCACAUCAUUGGAGCACCUAUGGAUCCAAAUACCCACAAAAUGGGACGACAGGAUUCGACGACAAGGAAACCAAGUUGGAAACCUACGAUAAAACGAGUUUCACUAAGAUCUGUCUCGGCAUGAAGGUAGAGAGCCAGACCAGAUUUAUCGUCAUCAAUAAGAAGGCCAAUUCGCUGUACGAAUUGAUUUCUAAAGAGACAUACGAACCAACCACCCUGGGACGUGACGAAUGGAAGAAGCUGGUUGGACCUCAAGCUUCUCUGCAGAACAACUGUGAAAGAGAAGGAUUCAACGCCAAAGGAGACAGGCGUUUUUUUUACCUUUCUAGAGCAAGAAUUGGGAUUAUUGGAAACCAGGAAGACAACUGCGACAGCCCUGACUCCAGAAUCGGCUUUGGUACUGGAGGACAAGAAAAACAGAGCACUCCGCGUCACAAAGAAAACACGUGUGGAAAUGAGGCUCAUUGGUCGUCAGAUAACCGAGAUCAGUCCAUCAAGGCCAUGGGGUACAUCUUAGUUCAAUGA